CGAAAAUGUGCAUUCAGCGCGCGCAACGAAGGGCUCGUUCUAAGCGCGUAUAAAAGCGUCCAUCUAGUUUGGGCUUUUUACAGUGAAGUAUGCGCUUAACCACAAAUCAGGCAUUUCACGUGCGCAUUUUGAGCUAUGUGGACUCAGAAGACAGAGCCGUGUUAGCUUUUCUUCCCCUGACGCUGCGUUGCUCCUCCUCGGGCGUAAUAUCCUGUUUUUUUUUAGAUGCCCAGUCACACUAAACUGGUGAAUUAACGUUGCGUCGCGCGCUCACGUCUGAGCGUUCAAAAAAAAAAAAAAACACGCUCGCGGCUUAAGGCGGUGACGGGCGCGUGCCUGCAGCUCGGAGCGCACUGGCCGCGCGAGACACACACAGACGGAUAUUCACGAGGCUGAGAUUCUCACGUGAACGGGAACGCUAAACUUGGCAAAAAACUUGCGGAAGAGGAAGUUUGAUGGUCAGGGCUUCUGCAUGGCAGAGUGAAUCACCUGCUCGGGUAGAAAGGAAAGAGUCGAAGCUUUCCACCAGUACAGCACUCUCCAUAGAGGAGCAGUAAAGAUAGCCCAGGGCUACGGAUCCGGGGUUUAACCCUAGCUCUCCGCCAAGAGAACAGGAGAAGAAGAACAGCACUUGAGAGGGAGAAAAAGAGAGAGAGAGAGAUCAGCAAGCCAGUGUCUUCACUCCAACAGAGCGAAGGAUGGGAGAGAUGGAGGAUGAAAAGAGCCAGGCAGGGAGGAUGUUUGAGACCUUCAUCCAGGCGUCCACCUGUAAGUCCACGCUGCAGGCCUUUAACGUCAUGUGCACUUACCUGGAGCUGGAUCCUCUGGAGCAUGACUCCUUCUACAGCAGCCUGAAGAGCAGACUGACCUGCUGGAAGGCCAAAGCGCUGUGGAGUAAACUGGACAAGAGAGCCAGUCACAAGGAGUACAAGAAAGGCGAAGCCUGCGUAGGCACAAAGUGCUUGAUAAUCGGAGGAGGACCCUGUGGUCUGCGUACUGCUAUAGAGCUGGCUUUCCUUGGUGCCAAAGUAGUGGUGAUCGAGAAGAGAGACACAUUUUCCAGGAACAAUGUUCUGCACCUGUGGCCCUUCACCAUCCAUGACCUCAGAGGCCUGGGGGCUAAGAAGUUUUACGGCAAGUUCUGUGCGGGCGCCAUAGACCACAUCAGUAUUCGGCAACUCCAGCUCAUGCUCCUGAAGAUUGCGCUGAUUUUGGGGGUUGAGUUCCACAUCAAUGUGGAGUUUGUAAAGCUUCUGGAGCCUCCAGAAGACCAGGAAAACGAGGGGCCUGGUUGGAAGGCGGAGAUCCGGCCAUCAGAUCAUCCUAUAGCUGACUUUGAUUUCGAUGUUGUGGUCGGGGCUGAUGGGAGACGAAACACACUUGAAGGUUUCAGACGGAAGGAGUUCCGCGGGAAACUGGCCAUCGCCAUUACAGCCAACUUUAUCAACAGGAACACGACAGCAGAGGCCAAAGUGGAGGAAAUCAGUGGCGUGGCCUUCAUCUUCAACCAGAAGUUCUUCCAGGACCUCAGACAGGAGACGGGCAUUGACUUGGAGAACAUUGUGUACUACAAAGACAACACGCACUACUUCGUCAUGACGGCUAAAAAGCAGAGUCUUCUGGAUAAGGGAGUCAUCAUUCAUGAUUAUAUCGACACGGAGGCUCUGCUCAGCAGUGACAACGUGAACCAGGAGGCUCUGCUAUGCUAUGCACGGGAGGCUGCUGACUACGCCACGCAUUACCAGCUGCCCACACUGGAGUACGCCAUGAAUCACCUCGACCAGCCAGAUGUAGCCAUGUUCGACUUUACCUGUAUGUAUGCCUCAGAAAACGCCGCACUGGUCAGAGAGAGGUUUGGACAUCAGCUGCUGGUGGCACUGGUGGGAGAUAGUCUGCUGGAGCCUUUCUGGCCCAUGGGUACAGGGUGUGCCCGUGGCUUCUUGGCAGCCUUUGAUACAGCCUGGAUGAUCAAGAGCUGGGCACAGGGCAGAGGGCCACUGGAAGUGCUAGCUGAGAGGGAGAGUCUUUACCGACUGCUACCUCAAACAACACCUGAAAAUAUCGCCAAGAACUUCGAUCAGUACACCAUAGAUCCUGGAACACGUUAUCCCAACCUCAACUCCAACUGUGUCAGACCACACCAGGUCCGUAACUAUUACAUGUGCGGUGAACUGAAGACCUGCUCCUUGGAACGAGCUGCUACCAUACGGCGCCCAGUUAAUCUGGCACGACGAGAAUCUGAGAUCAGGCCCAGCAGGUUGCUGACGUGGUGUCAGAAGCAGACAGAGGGCUAUCAAGGCGUCAGUGUGACUGACCUGAGCUCAUCGUGGACCAGCGGCCUGGCCUUCUGCGCUCUUAUCCACCGCUUCAGAUCACACCUCAUUGAUUAUGAUUCCCUUAACGAAGAAGACUCUGCUAAAAAUGUCCAGCUGGCAUUUGACACAGCGGAAAAGGAGUUUGGCAUCAAGCCGUUCACUACGGGCAAGGAGCUAGCAUCCGGCCAAGAGCCAGACAAGAACAGCAUGGUGACCUACCUGUCCAAAUUCUACGAGCUCUUCAGGGGAACGCCUCUGCCAUCUUCAGAUUCAAGAAGAGAAAUAGGGGGAAAUAAUGAGGAAUGCACUGAAAAAGCUUCUCAACCUGUUUAUAGAUCAAUGAGCUUUACACAGCCGCGAAAACGGAUCCCAAAGGAUGACAAAAAGGUGGAAGAUAAUGAUUCUUUUUUCAAAAGAAGACGGAGGACAGUCUGCAGUUUUUUGGAACAGGAAAACAAUGUCUCUGGUCAAAACACAGCAUCUGAGAGGCAGGAACUGAAAGAGAAUAAAGUCAAAUUCAUGGCUUCCCAGCUGCUGGCGAAGUUUGAGGAGAGCACUCCAAGCUGCACUCUGCGUAGGCAGCUUACCGCAAAUUUUCUGAGCCCUCCGAGACCGCCAUCACUCGAUCUGACAGAACUCCCACUCUUCAUAAAACCUAGGAAGAAAACCCCACCACCUCCACCUCCUAAAAAACAGAUCCAGCCAUCAGCCUGCUCAGCUCCUCUCCUCCCUUUUCCCUUUAACAUCCCUCGGCGUGACUGCCAAAAUCUCACCCACCCUCUUCACGCUCCACACUCACGCUCACACUCUAAGCCUACCGACACACACGUGCAACCCACCUCACACUCAGAGAAACCAGAAGCAGACCACGCUGCAUCCUGUCACUCUGCCAUACUGACCAUGAGAGCAAUGCUGCAGCGUCUGCAGAGAGUGGAGGAGCAGAUCAGCCAGAGGAAAGUGCAGACAGAAAACACUAGAGAGUUUCGUAGAAAAAGCAUAAAGGAGAAAGCCGUCCACCUGAGCUCUCUGUUCUCUGGUAACAACAUUGUCCCACGUCAGCCUGAGGUACAGCCUCCUAAAAAAGACAUUCAGAGAGACUCAGUGAAUGGGUCACAUAUGUUAAGUAGUAAUAGGAGCACCUCGAGUCUUACCUGUGAAAAAGAAACAGAGAUGACUCAGUGGAAAAGAGAUAGAAAUAUUAAGACUUUUAAGAAGACUGCAAUCAACCUUCCUCAUUCCAGCUCACUUUUACCUCCAUCACAAUGUUCUCCUACUUCCUCCUGUUCAUUCCCAUCCAGCAAACCUCAGCACUUAGGGAUGCUGCUUUCUAAAAGAGAUACUAAAGGAGAAACAGAGAAUAACUCACAUGUGCGCACUGUUGGGAAAGUGUCUCUGGUGGUAGAAGCUCGGGCUGAAAGGCUGCUUACUCUCUAUGAGAACGAUCACAGGCCCAAAGACGCCUGUUUAACCUCACCGGGUUCCUUGAGGAGGGAAUUCCCCCAGAGCUUGGGUGAUGUGUGUUAUGCAUGCAAGAAGCGGGUGUACGUGGUGGAGCGCUUGAGUGCCGAGGGGCUGUUCUUCCACAGAGAGUGUUUCCGCUGUGAUACCUGUAGCGCUCCUUUAUGUCAGGGCGGACAGGCUUUCGACUCAGAACAGGGAAAGCUGUAUUGCAAGCUCCAUUUCUCUCAGCGUAAAUGUGCUAUAAAGCGCGGCAGGAUGUUGGAGCCACAGAUGCCAUCUGAAAGCACCACCCAGAAAAGUGCAUCUCCGAGUCCAGCCGAGAGUGACAGCAGCUCUGCGCAGUCUCCAGGUACUCUGUCCUCUGUGCUGAGGAGAAGCCUGCUCUGGCCGCUGCACGUGAGCCGGGCUGUGUGUGCUACGCCGCGUCGUGUUUGUAACUGGCUGGGUGGGAAAGCUCAGGCUCUGGGCCAGCACCUCAGGGAAAACGCAGAUGACUACACCAUCCUGUACGAGCUGCUGAGCGUGGGGGUGCCCCUGCUCGUGGCACUCUAUGAAAUCCUGCUGCAGAUGCAUGCCGAGACCGGACCUCUCGACCUGCAGCCCCUGCAGCAGUGGCUCGAGCAGCACCUGGGCCGUGGGUUCCUCACGUAGACCACUAGGCUAAAGCUUUUAUUCUUUACCCUCCAUUAUUGAAAAAAUAAAUGGUCCAGCACUCUGAAAACUGAUGGUUAGCUGAGAAUAACAACAUUUUUUUACUAGAACGUGAACACUUUGUUCACUUGACAUGCUGUAUGAACCUUGAGAUGACUGCUGCUUAUUUCCUUUGCCUGAAAGCUGGGAAUUGAACAGUUGAUCUUGGAAAAAUUUCUUUGCCAAUCUCAUGUUACAAAAGUUCUCAGAAUGUUAGAAAAAAGGAAGGGCAAAAGGGAAAAAUUUGAAAACUGAACUUAAAGCACUUUAAUGAGUGAGCUGCCUGGGAUUGUACCCCUGUAGGAUUGGGAGCAAUGUUUUCUGCAUGUUUUGUACAAUAACUUUUAAUCUAAAAUGAUUUUUUGUGUGUUUGCUGCAAGUAUACUGACUGAAUAUACUGACUGACUGAACUGAAUCUGCUUUUGGUGUUGUGCAAAGAACCUGCCAAACCAAACAGGGUGUUAUCAUCUGACCCAUCCUCACAUUCCACUUACUGACACCGAAUGUUUACACGUUUCAUCAUGAGAUUCAAACGUCUGGUAGAUGCGCUUUACUCUCUUAAUGCCUCUUCCUCCUAGUUCAUGGUUCGUGAAUUUCAAGUUAUUUUCCACAUUUCACUGCUGAAUAUAAUGAAAAAACUAGUUUUUUUUGUAUAUCGCAGACAUAGGACUGUUAUGUGCUCACAUACUGGUGCCAUCUUUUAUUAGCUAACUUUGAGUUUUACAGGCGAGAGGAAAUUCAGAGAAUAUUGUAGACGCACAGAUUUAUGAGUGUGGCACAUGGCAUGCUCAAAAUCACACGUGGUUAAAUCUGAAGUGGCACAUAAGUGGUUUUUAGACAGAUAAGAUUAAUCUUCAUUACAUUAUAUCAGGGGUGUCAAACUUCCUCGUUUAGGUAAAAGACCAUGUUACCGUGUUUGAUGUCAAAUGGGCCAGACCUAAAAAAAAUCUGUUUUAUAUAUAUUAUAUGUACAUAUUGGAAGAAGACCAGGCUAUGUUUUUCCAGCAUUCAACUGUACAGUUCUGAUGAGUCUGUAGCCUCAGAUUCCUGUUUUCAGCUGAACCCAAAGUGGUCUUCUGCUGUAAAGAUUCGACGUGUUCUGAGAUGCUUUUCUGCUCACCACGGUCGUAAAGAGUGGUUAUUUGACUUACUGUAGACUUCCAGUCAGCUCAAACUGGUCCUGCCUAUCCUCCCUCUCAUCAACAAGGCAUUUCCAUUCAAAUAACUGCCACUAACAGGAUGUUUUUUGUUUUUUGCACCAUUCUGUGUAAACUCGACAGAUUGUUGUGUGUGAAACUCCCAGGAGAUCAGCACUUUCUAAAAUGCUCAAACCAGACCAUCAUGCCACAGUCAAAAUUACUGAGAUCAUUAACAAUCGUGUGUGUGUUACAACCUGGAACUGAAAUGUGUUUGUAUGUUUUGAACAGAGAAAUGCUCAAGAAGAAUCUUGCUGAUGAGGAAUUGCAUAUUGUUGGUACAUGUUAUUCUGAGCUGAUUGCUCUAUUUUUUCUCCCUAGUAGAAAAACAGAACCUAGCUCUUUUUAUUUCAAAUCUUCCAUGUUAAUUACGCUCCACAGUACAAUUUUAAUUUAAAACACGGCUUCUAACUUCAUUUGAGCCGUAUGUUUGACACCCCUGCGUUAUAUAAGAGUGUUAAUGAACUGUUUUGUGCGCAGUCUGAAUGCACUGAACAUUUUUACAACUCAGCAGACCUGUUUUCUAUGGAGAUUUGUAUUUUUAUACACUGGAAGGUAUAUUUUGUACUGUUCCGUUAUGUACCUUUCUCUUAUGUGGUUUGUGUUUAAUUUGUUAGAAGAUGUACAUUGUUAAAGACAAGGCAUUGACACAAAAUGCACAAAAAUAUGCAUGCUAUUAAUCUCACACUGUGUGGCAUUUGUAGCCUUUUAUUUCUGCUUCAUAUUUCAUGUUUCUUCUCUUUCCUGUUAUUCACUUGUAGUCUUUCUCGACCUGUCUGCUGUGUCAACACCUGACAUGCUCUGAGUCACUGACAGACUCAAGGUGAUCACCCACAUGCUCCCAUGAUGCACUGCUCAGUGGUGUGUCCAUUAAGCAUGACAGCAUGCACAUGUGCACUACAUAGUGGAUAUCACGAGCAUGGUAAAUGUACCUGAGCUACAUCAGCUCUUAACGGCUAAUUUCCUGUCUGCAGGGGUUGUUUAUUCUCUGUAUCAGUGUUUGCACAGCAGAGUUAAGGUGUUGUGUUUGGAUCUGCAUUUGAUGUGUCAUUGCUGGGAAAGGCAUGCCCGUAAGACAAGGCACUCCCUUUCAGCUUUUGAACUUUACUAGAAGUCAUGACUAACAGGAAUGGUCUUAUUGUGUUUUUCCACAGAGCAUCUUCACUACACAUUUUAAUAAUUUUUCUGUUUCAAAGGCUGCUCUCAUUAACGAAACCCAUCAACGGAUCUUUUGUGCCUCGUAAAAAAAUGGACGUUAAAAUAGCACCUUUUACCUGACAUGUUGCAAAACUGUAUUAAGAAUACGUUCUUUGCUUUAUUUAUGCCAAGCCAUGUGCAUUUAAUAAAUAAAAUAAGCAACCUGAA